GCGCGCGGGGAUGGUGCGGGGCUGCGGCUCCGGCGUCCUUCGGCGCGACGUGUGAGCCGCACUGAUUUGUCCCCGGGGCGGCAGCGCGGACCCGCCCGGAGAUGAGAAACACCCACUCUGCCAAGUAGGCUAGGAAUGCACAGAACGACAGCCUAAGUGAUGUGUGUGUGUUCUUGAAGCAGAUGCCCCUCACCAAGCCAAGCUACCGAACAGAGGAGAAAGUAAGAAAAGGAGAGCGAAGCCACUUUGUAACAUCUGUUAGAGACUAAUGCGUCGGUUAGCAAGGUAAGAGCAACGGAACCAUGGCUCAGUUUCCAACACCUUUUGGUGGCAGCCUGGACGUGUGGGCCAUCACUGUGGAGGAAAGGGCAAAGCAUGACCAGCAGUUCCAUAGCCUAAAGCCACGAUCUGGAUUCAUUACUGGUGAUCAAGCAAGAAACUUUUUUUUUCAAUCUGGGUUACCUCAACCUGUUUUAGCACAGAUAUGGGCACUAGCUGACAUGAAUAAUGAUGGAAGGAUGGAUCAAGUGGAGUUUUCCAUAGCUAUGAAACUUAUCAAACUGAAGCUGCAAGGCUAUCAGCUCCCCUCUGCACUUCCCCCUGUCAUGAAACAGCAGCCAGUUGCGAUUUCUAGUGCACCAGCAUUUGGUAUAGGAGGUAUUGCUAGCAUGCCACCUCUUACAGCUGUUGCUCCAGUGCCAAUGGGAUCCAUUCCAGUUGUUGGAAUGUCUCCACCUCUGGUAUCUUCUGUUCCUACAGCAGCAGUGCCUCCCCUGGCCAAUGGGGCUCCCCCUGUGAUACAACCUCUGCCUGCAUUUACCCAUCCUGCAGCCACGUUGCCAAAGAGUUCUUCAUUUAGUAGAUCUGGUCCAGGAUCACAAUUAAACACAAAGUUACAGAAGGCACAAUCAUUUGAUGUGGCCAGUGUGCCGCCCGCCGCAGAGUGGGCCGUGCCUCAGUCAUCCAGACUGAAGUACCGGCAGUUGUUCAACAGUCACGACAAGACUAUGAGUGGGCACCUAACAGGUCCCCAAGCAAGAACUAUUCUCAUGCAAUCAAGUUUACCACAGGCUCAGUUGGCUUCAAUCUGGAAUCUUUCUGACAUUGAUCAAGAUGGAAAACUCACAGCAGAAGAAUUUAUCCUGGCUAUGCACCUAAUAGAUGUAGCUAUGUCUGGCCAACCACUGCCACCUGUCCUGCCUCCAGAAUACAUUCCACCUUCCUUUAGGAGAGUUCGAUCUGGCAGUGGUAUAUCUGUCAUAAGCUCAGCCUCUGUAGACCAGAGGUUACCAGAGGAACCAGUGUUAGAAGACGAACAGCAACAAUUGGAAAAGAAGUUACCUGUCACAUUUGAAGAUAAGAAGCGGGAGAAUUUCGAACGUGGCAACCUGGAGCUGGAGAAACGAAGACAGGCUCUGUUGGAGCAGCAGCGCAAGGAGCAAGAGCGCUUGGCCCAGCUGGAGCGAGCGGAGCAGGAGAGGAAAGAACGGGAACGCCAGGAGCAAGAACGCAAAAGACAACUGGAGCUGGAGAAGCAGCUGGAAAAGCAGCGGGAGCUCGAGCGGCAGAGAGAGGAGGAGAGGAGGAAAGAAAUAGAGCGGCGAGAGGCUGCAAAACGGGAACUUGAAAGGCAACGGCAACUUGAAUGGGAACGGAAUCGGAGACAAGAACUUCUCAAUCAAAGAAACAAAGAACAAGAGGACAUAGUUGUACUGAAAGCAAAGAAAAAGACCUUGGAAUUUGAAUUAGAAGCUCUAAAUGAUAAAAAGCAUCAACUGGAAGGAAAACUUCAAGAUAUUAGAUGUCGUUUGACCACCCAAAGGCAAGAAAUUGAGAGUACAAACAAAUCCCGAGAGUUGAGAAUCGCUGAGAUCACUCAUCUCCAGCAGCAGUUACAGGAGUCUCAGCAGAUGCUUGGACGACUCAUUCCAGAGAAACAGAUACUCAAUGACCAGUUAAAGCAAGUGCAGCAGAGCAGUCUGCACAGAGAUUCACUUCUUACGCUCAAAAGAGCCUUAGAAGCAAAAGAACUAGCUCGGCAACAGCUUCGAGACCAACUAGAUGAAGUGGAAAAAGAAACUAGAUCAAAACUGCAGGAGAUUGAUAUUUUCAAUAACCAGCUGAAGGAGCUAAGAGAAAUGCAUAAUAAACAACAACUCCAGAAACAAAAGUCCAUAGAGGCUGAGCGACUGAAACAGAAAGAACAGGAGCGAAAGAUAAUAGAAUUAGAGAAACAGAAAGAGGAAGCCCAAAGACGAGCUCAGGAGCGGGACAAGCAGUGGCUGGAGCACGUGCAGCAAGAGGAUGAGCAUCAGCGGCCAAGAAAACUCCAGGAUGAGGACAAGCUAAAGAGGGAAGAGAGUGUCAAGAAGAAGGAGGGCGAGGAAAAAGGCAAACAGGAAACGCAAGACAAGCUGAGUCGCUUUUUCCAUCAACACCAAGAACCAGCUAAGCCAGCUGUCCAAACACCCUGGCCCACCGCAGAAAAAGGCCCUCUUACCAUUUCUGCUCAGGAGAAUGUGAAAGUAGUAUACUACCGAGCACUGUACCCCUUUGAGUCCAGAAGUCAUGAUGAGAUCACCAUCCAGCCGGGAGACAUAGUCAUGGUGGAUGAAAGCCAAACUGGAGAGCCGGGAUGGCUUGGAGGAGAAUUAAAAGGAAAAACAGGAUGGUUCCCUGCAAACUACGCAGAGAAAAUACCAGAAAACGAGGUUCCCGCUCCAGCCAAACCAGUGACUGAUGUGACAUCUGCCCCUGCCCCAAAACUGGCUCUGCGUGAGACGCCUGCUCCUUCAGUGGUGAGCUCUUCCGAGCCCGCCACCACCCCCAACAACUGGGCCGACUUCAGCUCCACGUGGCCCAGCAGCACGAAUGAGAAACCAGAAACGGAUAACUGGGAUGCGUGGGCAGCCCAGCCUUCGCUCACUGUCCCCAGCGCCGGCCAGUUAAGGCAGAGAUCGGCCUUUACUCCAGCCACGGCCACCGGCUCCUCCCCUUCUCCUGUGCUAGGCCAGGGUGAAAAGGUGGAGGGCCUACAAGCACAAGCCCUGUAUCCUUGGAGAGCCAAAAAAGACAACCAUUUAAAUUUUAACAAAAAUGAUGUCAUCACCGUCCUGGAACAGCAAGACAUGUGGUGGUUUGGAGAAGUUCAAGGUCAGAAGGGUUGGUUCCCCAAGUCUUACGUGAAACUCAUUUCAGGGCCCAUAAGGAAAUCUACAAGCAUGGAUUCUGGUCCUUCAGAAAGUCCCGCCAGCCGAAAGAGAGGGGCUUCCCCGGCCGCGAAGGCCACGGCCGCUUCGGGAGAAGAGUUUAUUGCCAUGUACACUUACGAGAGUUCUGAGCAAGGAGACUUAACCUUUCAGCAAGGGGAUGUGAUUUUGGUUACCAAGAAAGAUGGUGACUGGUGGACGGGAACAGUGGGCGACAAGUCCGGAGUCUUCCCUUCUAACUAUGUGAGACUUAAAGAUUCAGAGGGCUCUGGAACUGCUGGGAAAACAGGGAGUUUAGGAAAAAAACCUGAAAUCGCUCAGGUCAUCGCCUCAUAUACUGCUACAGGCCCCGAGCAGCUCACUCUGGCCCCUGGUCAGCUGAUUCUGAUCCGAAAAAAGAACCCAGGUGGAUGGUGGGAAGGAGAGCUCCAAGCACGUGGGAAAAAGCGCCAGAUAGGCUGGUUCCCAGCUAAUUACGUAAAACUUCUAAGUCCUGGGACGAGCAAAAUCACUCCAACAGAGCCACCCAAGUCAGCGGCGUUGCCCGCAGUGUGCCAAGUGAUCGGGAUGUACGAUUACACCGCACAGAACGACGACGAGCUGGCCUUCAACAAGGGCCAGAUCAUCAACGUCCUCAACAAAGAGGACCCCGACUGGUGGAAAGGAGAAGUGAACGGACAAGUGGGGCUCUUCCCAUCCAAUUACGUGAAGCUGACCACAGACAUGGACCCAAGCCAGCAAUGGUGUUCAGACUUGCAUCUCCUGGAUAUGUUGACCCCGACGGAGAGAAAGCGACAAGGCUACAUCCACGAGCUCAUUGUCACCGAGGAGAACUACGUGAACGACCUGCAGCUGGUCACAGAGAUUUUUCAGAAACCCCUGAUGGAGUCUGAGCUGCUGACAGAAAAAGAGGUUGCUAUGAUUUUUGUUAACUGGAAGGAGCUGAUUAUGUGUAAUAUCAAGCUACUGAAAGCGCUGCGGGUCCGCAAGAAGAUGUCUGGGGAGAAGAUGCCGGUGAAGAUGAUCGGUGACAUCCUGAGUGCCCAGCUGCCGCACAUGCAGCCCUACAUUCGCUUCUGCAGCUGCCAGCUCAACGGAGCCGCCCUGAUCCAGCAGAAGACGGACGAGGCCCCGGACUUCAAGGAGUUUGUCAAGAGGCUGGCAAUGGAGCCCAGAUGUAAAGGGAUGCCUCUUUCCAGUUUUAUACUGAAGCCCAUGCAGCGGGUGACAAGAUACCCCCUGAUCAUUAAAAAUAUCCUGGAAAACACUCCUGAAAACCACCCUGACUACAGCCACCUGAAACACGCCCUGGAGAAGGCGGAAGAGCUGUGUUCGCAGGUGAACGAGGGCGUCCGCGAGAAGGAGAACUCCGACCGGCUGGAGUGGAUCCAGGCACACGUGCAGUGCGAGGGCCUGUCCGAGCAACUUGUGUUCAAUUCAGUGACCAACUGCUUGGGGCCACGCAAAUUUCUGCACAGCGGGAAACUCUACAAGGCCAAGAGCAACAAGGAGCUCUACGGUUUCCUGUUCAACGACUUCCUCCUGCUGACCCAGAUCACCAAGCCUUUGGGGUCUUCCGGCACCGACAAAGUCUUCAGCCCCAAGUCCAACCUGCAGUAUAAAAUGUACAAAACCCCUAUUUUCCUCAACGAGGUUCUAGUGAAAUUGCCCACGGACCCUUCUGGAGAUGAACCCAUCUUCCACAUUUCCCACAUCGACCGGGUCUACACUCUCCGAGCAGAAAGCAUCAACGAGAGGACCGCCUGGGUGCAGAAGAUCAAAGCCGCCUCUGAACUCUACAUAGAGACCGAGAAGAAGAAGCGGGAGAAGGCGUACCUGGUGCGUUCCCAAAGGGCAACCGGCAUUGGAAGGCUGAUGGUGAACGUGGUGGAGGGCAUUGAGCUGAAGCCCUGCCGGUCGCACGGAAAGAGCAACCCCUACUGCGAGGUGACCAUGGGCUCCCAGUGCCACAUCACCAAGACGAUCCAGGACACCCUGAACCCCAAGUGGAAUUCCAACUGCCAGUUCUUCAUCAGAGACCUGGAGCAGGAAGUGCUGUGCAUCACCGUGUUCGAGAGGGACCAGUUCUCACCCGAUGAUUUCUUGGGUCGAACAGAGAUCCGUGUCGCUGACAUCAAGAAAGACCAGGGCUCCAAGGGGCCAGUUACAAAGUGUCUCCUGCUGCACGAAGUCCCCACAGGAGAGAUUGUGGUCCGCUUGGACCUGCAGUUGUUUGACGAGCCGUAGGGAGCGGCUCAGCACGUGCUUGGAGGAGGAGCGCCUACCUGAGGCAGCAGGUGCUGUCUGGCAUUUGUGUUCCUUUGCUCGGCACCCCUGGAAUUCAGCCACAGGGCAAUGGGACAGCAAAGACAGGCCCCCAGAGUGUCUAGGAAUCCUUCUUGACAAUCCUGCCCCACCCUCCAAACAACCUCUCCUGUUAGGAAACAAGACUGUGUCUUCCUUGCCCCUCACCGCAGGUGUCAUCGUGGCUUCUAGGGUCUCUGAACUCCCAGAGCCCCCAGCUAACCUCAGUUGGGAGCCUGGCUCCGCCCAGGCUCUGGGCACGGGUCUAAUGA